ACCACACACACACAAAAAAUCACAAGUCCAAGUACCUGUCAACACAAAAACAAGGGUUGAAAAAAAUAUAAAUCAUGGCGACGACAUUGGGAAAAGUUGACUUGGAAAAGCUUAAACUAGAUGUUCAAGUUAAAUUUGAUAAAAUUCGCGAAGCCCUUAAUGUCCGUGAAAAGCUUUUGUUGCGACAAAUCGAUGUCAUCCUCACCAGUCGACAGCACAAAAAUGCAUCUGCCUCGUCUGUGUCUGUCUUAUCUUCAACAACAAAUAAUAAUCCACGAAGAAGCACAAAUGCUGGACAAACUCCACCAGCAACCACAUCUUCCGAAUGCGAUGAAAUACAAUUAAUUGCUGACAACGAAGAGAAUAUCUUGAAUUCCAUUCGAUCUUAUGGAAAAUUCAAUUUGGACAAUAUCAAUUUGGCUUUGCAAGAUUUGUACAUAAACGAGGACUACAUUGCACCUGGAAUUGACCAUGACACAAUGUACAAGUGUCUGAGUAAUAAUUCCAGCGAUGCUAGCAAUGGCAACGAUGAGGAAUCAAUUGUUGUUGACUUCUCGACGAAUAAGAAACUUAUUCGUGAUAAUGUCAGCAGCAUGAAUGAAUCCAUCAUCAAUAUAACAUUGAAUGAAGCCAAAGAAUUGAUUCGGAAGUCGAACAAGCUGUCUGGGACAGCAACGACUACCGCCACUGAAACAGAUGCACCAAUAAUGCCUUUGAAUUUGGAAGGAAUUCUCGAUGAAGAUGAAUUUGAUGACGUUGAUGGUGAUGGCAUGCCAGCAGCACCAACCCAUUCAAAAUCUUCACAAACUAUCGAAAACAGCAAACGCAAAUUACGCUUUAAGCCAAAAAUCACAAUCAACAAUUGCAAUGGCACCAUCAAUUUGAAAAACAUUUCAAAUCUAACAAUCAAUUGUGCUACCGAAGAUUCGUUUAAAGCAACCGAACCGACAAGUGCGACAAAUAAUAAAAAUGGCGACUUACCAAAGAGUACCACUGUCACAACCAACACAACAACUUCGACCAGCAGUGCUGGCAGCAAUCACAGCAGCAAUAGCAGUGCCAAUAGUGCUUCCAGCAGCAAUGCAAUUUCACCUCAACAAAAUGAUAAAAAACGUCAUAAUGUUGAUGUCGAAUUCAAUGAUGAUGAUCGAUCGGCUACUUGUGAAUUCUAUAAUCGUCUGUUGAAUGAAAUCAAAAAUAGUCUUAAACAGAAGUCUCCUAAAAUUAUAACCGAUAAUCAGCGUUAUGUUAGUGGAACGACGGACAAUGAUGAUGAGGAUGAACGUCAACCAGUGACUUCUACCACAACUGACGAUAGCAAUGGCAAUGAGACAUCAUCAAAGACGACAUCACAAUCGAUGCCAAUGGCACCAAAUAAAAAGUUGGUUUUGAGGAAUUUCGAAAAUUUGAAAAUUAUCCUGGAAGCCAACGAUAAUAGCGAUGCAAUGCGACCAGUUCAGAUUGAACAGUGGCUGGCUGAGAUUAUAUCGGAAACAGAAAUUGAACCAAUGCAAAAUACUGAUAUAUUGGAGCACAGUAAGAUUCAUGGUGAGACUUGUUGAAUAGUGGACUGUUGGAAACGACAGUUCUUGAGGUAGAUUUAAUUAUGAAAACUAUUUAAAUAGAGAAAGGCUCAAAUUGGAAAAAAAAAAUAGGAUUGAUUAAAGUAGAUGUGAUCUUUAUUUGUAGGUUUAUGAGGGAAAUUAUUUUUUUUUAUCUAGAUUAAAAAUAAUUAUUUGAUUUGUGCGAAAGGUAGGAAGAUACAAAUACAAAGAUCAAACUUAGGGUUUUAAUUUGAAAAAUAUUCAUUUUUACUUCUCCAAAUUUGUGUUUUCUUGCUCAUCCCAUACUUACCAUUUUUUAUCUUUUUUAAAACUCCCACUCCCAUUUUUUAUGGAUUGGGUAGUAUUUUAAAUGGAAAACUAUUUUAAUGGGUUUUAGAGGAAUUGCUUCAUUCCUUAGAGGAUUAUUUCACGUUUACAUUAGUCUCAAACUGCGAAAGUGAAUUUAGUCCCCAAAUUUGAUACAUUUUAUUUUUUUGUAAGUAUGUAAUUGUCUGGCUGGGACAUUUUCAACAAGAAUAAUUUUCAGUUUCUUUGGUGAACCUCUUCGCUUCGCAGUUUCUCAUGAUUUUCUUUUUUGGUGGUCACUCCCGUUUACUCAAUAGUUUAUCGUUCAUUGAAAUUUAUUUCUUCGCCUUCAAGUUGGACCCAUCCGAAAUAUUUUAUAAUAGAUGGAUUUGAUUUCAAAACCUCUGGCCUGACAUUCCAUUGCACUAACCAUUCACCAAGAGUAAAUACACGAACAAAUUUUUCGAAAUCGACUUCAAUAUUUUCAGUGAAUUCUCUUAUAUGUUAACUCCCCAAGCUUUUGUACAUAUCUAUCUUGUGCGGUUUUCAUUUGUGGCCAGAGAUUUUAUGAUAAAAGUAUUUCUUUUUUGCAAACUUUUAAAAAUACGUUCCGAACAUUUAAUUGAGUUUUUCUUAUAAAAAAAUAUACUUCCAGUAGGCUUCCAAAACAAUUGGCUAAGAAAAACAUUAGAAAAGCAGAAUGCGACAAAAAAUUAACUGAAAACAUGAAUCCAAAAACUAGUAUCAAAAGUA